CGCACAACAUCUCUUAGAGUGGCCCGUUGUCACAUAUAGUUCUGUAAACCACGUUACAUUGUCUGUUGUUCGUGAACUUUCUCUGUUUUGCCGUCCGUAAAGUAGUGUAACUUUCAUGGAAAACUUGUCUAGGGACCAGAAAAGUUAUGCAAAAAAGAAUACUCUCGAUUCUCUUUUGGAACAGGGAGAAUUGUUGGCUCGAAACGGAAAACUCGAUCAGUCGUUCAGUGCUUAUUCAAAUGCUUUCCGUGUUGGAGUUGUACCAAAGGAACGUAUCGAAUCUUUGGUGACCGCACUGUUGGAAUUUCAAAGAAACAAACUAUGUAAAGAGAAGAAAGAAGGAAAAGGUUCUCCAGUGGUAAACAGCAGCGGAAAUAUUUUAAUUUGCUCUCUUUGUCAGUGCCUUUUUCUGAAGCCAGUUACCCUCUCCUGCGGUCAUACAUUUUGUCAAAGUUGCCUCAUUGAGGAGCGUUCGUUCACCGGUCGAGUGGAGUGUGCGAAAUGCGGAAAGUUUGAGUCGGAAGAUAUGAAACACUCAGUGAAUUUACUAAUCACGAACUCCAUUCAGAAAUGGUUUCCCUCGGAGUUUCAGAAUCAAGUGGAUAAACUUGUCGGACAUAAACAUCUCUCUGAGAACGACGCGAAAUCAGCUGUUGAUUGUUUUACCAAGAUCCUGUCGGUAUCUGCUAAUGAUUUUCACUGUUUGUGCUGGCGUUCUGAUGCACUUCUCCAAACUGAACAAUUUGAGUUGGCGCUUCAAGACAUCGAGCAAGCAUGUAAACUUCGCCCUACUUCAGCAAGAACUGUCUACAGGAAAGCUGCUGUGUUAGCGAACUGUGCUAAACACGAAGGAGUUCUUUCAUCUAAGCACGAAGAGAGCGUGUUAGCUUUGUUGCGCUGCUCUGCUCUAGCGCCUAGAUGCGAGCGAUACCGUCGGGAGUUCACAGAGAGCUUGCAUCAAUUGUUGAGCCCAAAAUUCACAAACUCGAAUAGGACUUUGCUGGUACUCAGAGCUGCGGGUACUAAACUUGUUGCGACACCGCAGGAAAAAGCACUCAAUGGAAGUGUAGGGAAGCACUUCAAUACCCUUGCCCAUGGUGGUGAAAGAUCAUUUAGUGGAGAAGUUAAUAGUAAAAAUAACUCUGGCGAAAAUACUUUUUCAAAAUGUUCGAGCAGUCAGUCUGGAAGUAUGUUCAAACGGAGAAGGCAAAGAUCUCGGUCCUUUUCAAGCAGCGAGGAAGCUCCCAGUAACUUCGAAAGACAACAAAACAAAAAAUCUAAGGGCGAAAACUGUACAGCAGGAGUAACAUACGAGGAUAAAUUGAAAGAUUUAGAUGACUUUGAAUGCAAACUUUGCUUUAAUUUGUUAUUUCAACCGAUUACUACAAUAUGUGGACACACUUUUUGUCGAGAAUGUCUGGAGCGAUGCCUUGACCAUCGCGUCGAAUGUCCAUGUUGUCGGACGGUUCUUGAUCAAUACGACCGAGGAGUACCAAACAUGGAAGUCACUGAAGUACUGGAGUUGAUUUUGGUCAACUAUUUCACGGCAUAUUAUAACGAAAGGAAGAGAAAUCAUCAAGAAAGCAUCGAGAAACUCGCGAGGUGGGUAACAAUUUUAGAAUGAAGAUGACAUAACGAUUACAUAACAGUUUGUCGCGUCAGUGAAUCUUCCUGGAAGUGAACUUUACUUUACUUCCGAGUCGUAAAAUCGCCUUUCUGGUGCGACGAUUGAUAGGAACCACAUUAUUUUUAGAGAGAAAUAUUUCUAUCCCUUAGAGUUGCAAGUCUUUCAUGGUCGACAGUCUUGGGGGAAGAGAAAGAAAAAUGGUUAUAUAAUUGAAAGAUCGUUAUGUAACUAGCCGACUUUCACGUGUGUUGCGAAAAAGUAAAGGAAAAACCUGACAUUUAAAGAGGCGAAAUCGACGAUUCCUGUUUUGUACAAUUAACCAGUUUUGGGAAUGGUAUAUACAUAUGUAAGAACAUUCUGGCCUAAUAAACUGAACAUUUCUAAUUGAUUUUUUCGGGACGUAAGGUAGCCAUCUUUAAAAUAGGUCUGCAAGGCAUACAUUCCUGAACCGUCUGCUUGGUAGUAUUGAAAUGUCUUUUUCCUCUCUGUAUUGGCUUCAAUUUUGUUUAUAUCUUCUUUUUUGUUUGGUUGUUUACUUGAUUAUGUUUAAAUUUAGGUCAUCUUCACUGACACAACCUGAUUUCUCUCUUUGUGAUGCCAAUUUUCUAUUUAGGCUCCUCUUAGUGCACUUGAACAUAACAAACCAACUUACUCUCCUGGGAGAAUAUAUGAGGCAUAAGUCGUAAUUUAGACAUGGAUUUUAUUGUAAUUGCUUUUUUUCCUACUCAAUCAAAACUAUGACAUUAACAACUUAAUCCCUGAUUAAAGUCAAAGUUGAACUGGCUGUGGGGAAAUUUUGCUUUAUUUCUCUUACCUUAAUGCAGCACUUUGUUUGUCUUUCAAUAUAGCAUCCACCAGAGGGGUUAAUGGUACCUUCAGCCUUGAAAUUGUUUCUUUUUAUAGAAAAGCUCACUUAUUAGUGUGGCAUCAGUUAUUGAAUUCUAGUUGGUGAUUAAAGUGUUGAACCAACCACUUAGAACUUAAUUCAUGUCUUUUCCCUCCUCUUCAGUGUGGGAAAAGAUGGCCAUGCACAAGUCCCUAUUUUUGUCUGCACCCUAGCUGUUCCAAAAGUUCCAUGUCCUUUGCACAUAUUUGAGCCACGGUAUCGCCUGAUGUUACGGCGUUGUGUCAGUUCAGGCUCAAAGCAAUUUGGCAUGUGUGUCCCAAGUGAUGACUCAAACAAGAAUUUUGCAGAUUAUGGUACUAUGCUCAAUAUCAAGUCAGUGAAUUUUCUUCCUGAUGGUCGGUCAAUUGUGGAUACAGAAGGGGGAGAGCGUUUCCAUGUUGUGUCAAGGGGUAUGUUGGAUGGUUACCAUACAGCAACUGUUGAAUGGCUAAAGGAUGAACAGGUUGAGGAUGCAGAUGAAAUCAGACAACUCCACGAACUAAACAGAACUGGCCACAACACAUUACAGACUUGGUUCAGUCAAAUGACAUCUAGGCAGCAACAGUGCAUCAUGAAUGCUAUUGGACCCAUCCCAGCCUUAAGAGAGGAUAUUCAGCUGUGCAACAAUGGACCAGAUUGGAUGUGGUGGGUACUUGCGGCACUACCACUUCAGGAUAAACCCAAACUUAUUAUUUUAGGGAUGACUUCUAUACUUGAACGGCUUAAUAGCAUAAUUCGUUUUCUCCAGUUGAUGCUUUCUCUACAGAAAAAGUCAAUGGAGACAGAGUCUCCAGGGUCUUGAAAAACAAUUUAUAUAUGUGACCAAUUUUUAUGGUAUGAAUUUUUCACAUCAGAAUUUGUUGUAUUUUCUCAGUGGUGAACUUCUGAAAUAGUAAUUUAUUUAUUGAAACUCAGCUUUGUAUGUUCAAUAUGCAUAAAAAAGUUGAGUUAUUUGUCUCUAAGGCUUUGGAAAAAUGAUAAUUUUGGCAUUAUCAGAACAGUUCACCACAUUUGCUUCUUUUUUAUUUUGGUUUUUAAUUUUUUUUCCUAUUUUGAAUCCACACUUGACUAUUAUUUCUCAACUUAUAUUAGUGGUCUUUGAUGUUACAGUCAGAGUCCUCAGCUCUUUUAAUCUGGUUGCAUGGAUGGGCUUUGGUCUAACUGGUUAAUUUAUAACUUCUCUUUGUAAUGUAAAAAUAUAACUCAUCUAGAAAGUGGUGAUGAGAAUAGUUGGGUUUAUCAGCCAUAGGUUAUUUUUCAUUGAUAUUGCCAAUUCUCCUAACUUUAAGUUAUAUGCAAGAGUUGACAGCAAGAAGAGAGAAUUAGAAUUCAGACAGAGUCAGUUGAAGGAUCAACACCACACAUCUUAAAAUUUUUAUCUUUACUUAUGAACCCCACUUGGUUAUGAGCUCUACUGUGGAGUCUGUCCAAAAGACUAUUUUUGUGUAGAAAUAGCAAUGACAUGUGACUGUGUUUUCAUUAAUAUGAAGCAUUGACUGUCAGUUUGAAAGGAUUUGUGUUGUUAUGUUGACAUGGACUUGGUUGGGUUGCCUUUGUAAAUCAUUAUUUAUUUAUAUUAUUAGACAGUGGAACCCAUUAAGUUCAUUAAAGUGUGGGUCAUCACUAAACUGUAAACUGUUAUCAGGGCUCAGAAAAUAUUGUAGAGAACAUGUGCAGCUAAAUUUGAUGACUACAUUGAUGUAAAAGAAAAAGUAAAAUUGUUGCAUGAAGGGUAAUUCGCUGUGGCUUUUUAUCUUACAUUCCACAUCCAACAAGACUUAAGUUUUUGCCAAUUCAUUGCCUUUAGUUGAGUUAUUUUGGGAGAUGUGUCAUUAGACAGAGUUAUUUAAAGUACAUUGUAUGCAAUUAUUGAGUUGUAUGUCAACACUUAAUAAAGAGAUCAGUUCAG